GAGAGAAAUACAGAGAAGGAGACUGAAAGCAAGACGGACAGAAAGAGCAAGAGAGGUGACAGAGACUAGCCAGGUUCUACAUAUAUUUCACCUGAUGGGAACGAAUUUAAUGACUGCCUCUGUGAAAAACUAGCAGGCAGCAGGCAGCGCUUGCUCUGACAAAGCCAUCCUGUGAUAGAUGAAGCAUUGAGAAGUUACGGAGUUUGCGCUCAGUGCCAAACUACCAUGCAAAUAUGCAACAUUAGACGGAGACAAUGGCAGAUCCAGAGAGGAAAGAAAUACGAGUUAUAUCCUGACUGUAGAUAAACAGCUUGUAGUCUAUUGCCUGUAUUGUACUGCAAGCAAUUUAUCCAGUCAGCAAAGCAAGUAAAUGAGAAAAUAUGGCAAAAUGAUACAGAUGUGGACUGCAAGUUUCUAUCCAGUGGACUUCAGGACCAAAUAAACAGCUUAAGGAAUAAGUGUAUCAUGUCUCCGCAUUUCCAGGAACCUUAGAAUGUCCUGCACUGACGUAGUAUUGCUCCCAUGAGCUUGAUAUGGCCGUGGCCAAUGCAAGUGACUUUUUCUGGCAGACCCUUGCUCCUCUCCCUAGCGAACGGGUCUACUGCACUCUGGUGGAAGCUGGAGGCCAGAUUUUUGCUAUAGGAGGUUGUGAUGAUAGUGGAACCCCCAUCAACUCCUUUGAAGUUUACUCUCCUGAGGCAGAUCAAUGGAACAUGCUACCACCCAUGCAGACAGCACGUGCAGGAGUAGCAGUUGCUACCUUUGGGAAAAGGAUAAUGGUCAUUGGAGGAGUGGGAGUUAACCAAACCCCCAUGAAAACUGUUGAAAUGUACAAUAUUGAAGAAGGAAGGUGGAGUAAGAGAAGCUCCCUGAGGGAAGAAGCCAUGGGAAUGUCAGUGGUUGUGAAGGACUGCAAGGUUUAUGCAGUGGGAGGUAUGGGGCUAGAUUUGCACCCUCAGAACCAUCUUCAACAAUAUGACAUAUUUAAAGAUAUGUGGGUAUCACUUCCACUUAUGCCAACACCAAGAUAUGGUGCCACAGCUUUCAUGAGAGGAUCCAAGCUCUAUGUCCUAGGGGGUCGACAAUCAAAAUAUGCAGUGAAUGCCUCCGAAGUUUUUGACACAGAAACACGCUCUUGGGCAAAGUUCCCCAACAUACCCAGCAAAAGGAUUUUCACUGGUUUUGUGAUGACUGAAAAUAAUGUGUACAACUUGGGAGGUCUACGGCAGGGAGGGACCUAUAGGCGGCCCAAAUUUAUGAAAACUGUAGAUGUGUUUGAUAUAGAUCAAGGUAACUGGAUGAAGACCGACCACUCUAUCUUCCUGAAGAAAAGGCGAGCAGAUUUUGUUGCAGCCUAUCUAAGGGGAAGGAUAGUCGUUGCAGGAGGACUGGGUAACCAUCCUUCUGUGCUAGAUUCUGCUAUAGCUCUGCAUCCAGUGAAAAAAAAAUGGGAAUGUCUAACUCCCAUGCCGACCCCUCGUUGUGCCUGUUCAAGCAUCGUUUACAAGAACCGACUGUUUGUCAUUGGAGGAGUAAGCCAAGGACCCAGCGAUGCUGUUGAAAUGCUGAGUGUAACAGAUUCAUAGUCUGGACUUACAGAUAUUUUAAGGACUUUCAGUGAAUUCGUUUUGAAAAAAAAAAAACAAAAACAAAACAAAGCACAUAUAUGUACAGACAGUCCAGAUUUUCUACACCCUUUCUGUACAAACUGGGUAGUGAUGUACGUUUUCAAGUCUUGCAUUUUUAAUGUUUCUCUGCCAUUAUGCAGUUCACCAAAACCAUGAGUGUUAACAUCUGAAGUCAGAAUGUCUCUGUUCUGGUAACAAAAUACAAAAACUCUGCUUUGA